AUGCUGAACUGGAGCCAUCACGGUGCUUACGACGAGCCGACGGCUUCCUCCUCCUCGUCUGGAUCCUCGACUUCUUCUGUAGCAGCCAAUCUGAGUGCUAGUUAUAAUUCCGAUUCUCGGAAUCAGUUCACGGGCGGGCAGUACGGGGGAGGACUCGGAGGAGGCGGAUACGGUGGAUACACGGAACACUGCGAGCCUAUCAACAUGUAAGUUACUCUUCGAAUUCUCUGAUCAGAACGACGGUAUAUCUUCUCAAAAUCGUUUCCAGUCUGCCCCUCCGGGCUCGUGUUCUAUCUUUCUAUUUUCAUUUGUAUUAUCCAACAGAUUGUUUCUGUUCUGCAGAAGCGUACAUUCAAACCACGUCACUCCACCUCUCUAUCACUGAGUUUUCCUUCCAGAAAACAAUCCAUCUUUCUCUGUCUGCGUCUCUCCGUUUCCCAUCAUCCCUCCUCCCCACUUAUCAUUUUCUUAUCACCAACCUCAUCCAAAUACAUACCCACACCCAUUUCUCUCCCUCUUUUUCCGUUUUUCCCGACGAACACGAUCAUGAUUUCCUCGUAGCGACGGGGUUUCCGUCCUUCCGAACCUGUUCGUUUCGCAAUCAAUUCGAAAGAAAUCAAAAGAUUCGGAAAAGGAAAAGGGAAGGAAAGGGAAGAGAGAGAGAGAUGAAGUUCCCGGGAAAUUAGAUUUUGCGAAGAGGAGACAAGGAAAUUGGACGUUUUUUGUGUUUUUGUUGUCACAUCGAUAUUCUGAGAAUACGAACCUAUUCUAGAAGCUUCUUGAAUGUUGUAGGCCUCGUGACUUUUCGGAGACUUUGCCAGAAUCGAAUCGAAUUUCACUUUCAUUUCAACCUUUUCUUCUGGCCACUUGGACUUUGUAUUCGCACCAAACCCAUGGUGUAGACAUAGAUAAUCCGCCUUAAUCUUGUCGAGAAUUAUUUCGCGCGCAAAAGAAACGAAUACUUUUCUUUUCCUCGUUUCGCCGUUGCUUUUUGGACGCAGAAGUUGCACUUUGCAUAAAAGAAAAAAAAGAUCAGUUUCGGACGAAAAGGAUGAGGAAGGUUUACGGUAAUGAGCGAAGUCAUUCGGAAGAUGUUUAUCACCCUUUAUUAUGAAUGAAUGAUAUCAUUCCCUCUCUGACCAAAAUGACAUCAUGAGUUUUCGACCAAAAUUCAAAUAUCGGUACUUGGUGGCUGUCGCCCGGGCGCACACCUUCUCUGAAUCACACCUAGACAGUGCAGUGAUCGGAGAGACGCAGACGGCCGGGACACUCCUCCCCGGGCACUCUGCCCUUUCGCCAGCUCCCGCCGCCAUUCGCCCACUGUUCUCCUCCGCAAUCAUGUAUUCCCAACCGUCUCUGAUGUCCUCCCUGAUGACCACUCCGAAUCCGUUCAUGAACUAUCACACUCCGCUCCAAACCAUCAUGAUGUUCCCUCCGAAACCUUCGUCGUUCCCCCAAAACCAUCUCAACUUCACCAACUCUUCACCGGCUCUCAAUUCCAUCGAUUCUACUCCGAAACCAUCUCCGUUCGAACUGCCGGAGAAAAAGAAGUUUCCCGAAUUCGAUUUCAAACUGGAGGAGUACAUGUCGGGAGAGUAAGUUCGAUUCAAGCGGUAUUCUAGCCCACCCGGGGAGGUGCGCACCUAUAAAUUUUAACGACAUUCGCCCGCUUUUCGAGAAGAAAAAUAGAGAGAAAAGACGUGAUUUUUACGAAAGAAAUCAGGGUCGCCUGCACUUAUUCGCAGAAGGUGUCUCGCGAGGAAUAACGGACGUCUCUCCUUCUUUUUCUUUCUCCCAUUUUGCUUUGUCUCCUAAUCAACUGGAUAAAGACGGCGUUUCUCGUCAACGGAAUGCACUCAGACUGACUGCUCCGAGAAAGAGAGACAAGUGAGUGAUCUCUGUUUUCCAGUACAUUCUCUCGUAGACUAUGACGACGUGGCACUAUUACUCACUCGCUAAAACGGACGUAAUCAGCUCCUCUGAACUUUGUCCCUGACGAUUCGAUGGGAUGUGUCAUAGGAAGCGGCAAAGUUUGCACGUGAGCCCUGCCCGAAUGUUGCCUCUCAAUCCCGCCCGCUUCCUAAUCCGUCCGCCGUUCCGUUCAUCCUUUUAUCCCCCUUUUCCUCUUCCGUGACCGCCAAAGUGUGAGUCAGAAUGCACACAAAUAUGCGCUCUUCUCCUCCUGUGCGUCGGCUUAUGGAAUGAAUCACUGGGCAUCCAUAGCAACGGGGCGGAGCUCGGGGAGCUCAGACUCCGCCCACUUUUUGCCGGCUCUCUUGUUUUCGCCGGGCGAGCAGUUUGACUCUCGCCCCUCCAUUCUGCUGUCUUACCUCUUGAAUUAAAAAAUGGUUUGGUCGCCGGAAACAAUGGGAAUGACUCCCGAAGAGCAUAUCGCAUGGUAACUUACUUGAGAAGAAGAAGAAUAAAGAGGGAGGGGGAUUACUGUAGAUGCUCUGCAGUUGUUUCUUAACAAUUGAACUUGCAGGAUGUCGAUGGAUGACCAGGAGAAAAAGAAGCUGGAGAGAAAGAGAGCCCGCAACAGGCAAGCGGCCAGCAAGUGCCGUCAGAAGAAGAUGGACCGCAUCAAGGAGCUGGAAGAGCAGGUUAGCGAAGCAAAGAUUGUUUUUUGAGUUCGACACACUAAUCUCGAGUUAAUCCCUUCUGGGAGCUCGUGAAUUAUGCACAUUCUGUUUAUGAUUCAAAUGUCAGGCGUCUGCCGAUCAUUUUGAACCAUUUAAGGAAUUGUACACUGACAUAAACGCCGAAAACAAACAUCGUUUUGCAGGUGAAUCACGAGAAACACCGCGGACAACGUCUGGACGCGGAGCUCGUCGAGCUCAACCGAGCACUCGAAAACUUCCGUCGAAUGGUGGAGAGACACUCGGUGAAUGGAUGCCCGAACAACGUGCUCCGUGCCUGA